GCGGGACUUCGGCUGUAACACAGACACGUGUACACAGGGAAGCAGGAAGUGAAGCUGUUCUGUCGGUGCUCUACACAAGUGUUUGCAGAUAUCCUGGAUAAACAGGAUUCGGUUAACACACCCGUCUGUGGGAGGAAUAAACUGCAUCCUCCGUCUUUGUGUCUCAUUUGAGCCGGCGUCAUGAUUGCAGGCGUCAGUCCUGUGCUUCAGGCCCUGCUGGGGACCCUGUUCACCUGGGGCCUCACCGCAGCUGGAGCCGCUCUCGUCUUCGUCUUCUCCAGCGGACAGAAGCGGAUCUUGGAUGGCAGUCUGGGAUUUGCCGCAGGGGUCAUGCUGGCGGCAUCCUAUUGGUCCCUUCUGGCUCCUGCUAUCGAGAUGGCAGAGGAUUCUGGGAAAUAUGGCGACUUUGCCUUCGUGCCUGUCGCUGUGGGUUUUGCACUCGGGGCUCUGUUCGUUUAUAUUGCCGACCUGAUGAUGCCCAUCCUGGGUGUGGGGACGGAUCCUCAUAUGGCUCUGGUGCUGCCGUCUGAUGCCAAACAGGCCAAAGAGAAGAAGAAGAGCUCGAUGACCGGCCUGUCGGAGGAGGAGGAGCAUCUGUCCAUCAGGAUAGGUAGAGCAGGAGUUCACUCAGAUAAAAUCGAGAAUGGAGAGGUGUAUCAAAGACGCAGGGGUCCAAACACCGGCAACACAGAGGAGCAUGACGUGAGUCCCAAAGCACAGGAAGUGAGCGGUCAAACAGGAAGCAGCUGGAGGCGAGUCGUUCUGCUGAUCCUGGCCAUCACCAUACACAACAUUCCUGAGGGUCUGGCUGUUGGCGUGGGCUUUGGAGCAGUCGGGAAAACUCCCUCGGCUACGUUUGAAAGCGCCAGAAAUUUGGCUAUAGGCAUUGGCAUUCAGAACUUUCCAGAAGGCCUUGCUGUGAGUCUCCCAUUGCGGGGUUCUGGGUUGUCCACAUGGCGAUCCUUUUGGUACGGGCAGCUGAGCGGGAUGGUGGAGCCUCUGGCGGGGUUGCUAGGGGCCGUUGCCGUGGUGCUGGCGGAGCCGUUGCUACCGUACGCUCUGGCCUUCGCUGCAGGAGCCAUGGUGUAUGUGGUGGUCGACGACAUCAUUCCUGAAGCCCAAGUCAGCGGGAAUGGGAAACUGGCCUCAUGGAUGUCCAUUCUUGGCUUCAUCGUCAUGAUGUCACUGGAUGUGGGGCUUGGCUGAGUCUUUUCAUUGGACGAAUGUCCAAUGAAUGUCAGCUGACUGCACUGAAAAAAAGUGACCAAAGCAGCCUUUUUUCUCGGUGUUUAGGUUUAUUAAUAAUCAAUGGAAUAUUUUUCUACUUAAUGUAUUUUAUGUAAUUUUUUUUUUUUGUGUUAUUUUAUUUGUUUUAUAUGGGAGCCCAUGUCUGCCACUGAAUAAAAAAUGUAAAAGGUAAUUGUAACUUUGUAUCUCACAAUUUUAGAAAAAUUCAGAAUUAUGAUAUAAAGUCACAAUUCUGGGAAAUGAAGUCAGAAAAAAAGAGCAGAAUUAUGAGAAAAAUAAGUUGCAAUUAACUUUUUUUCUUUUUUAUUCAGUGGUUGAAAUGGGCUUCCAUAGUUUUAUGAAUGACUCACGGACCAGAUUU